GCUGAGCAAGAAAAGGUCAGCCCUGAUGAAGGCUUAAAUUGAGGUUGAAUUUAAAUUUAAAUUCGACUUCAUUACAGAUAAUUGAUUAAUAUAUUGUUUGACUCUGUGGAAGAUAACAAUUUACUGCAGAAUGUCUACAUUUGGACCUCCAAAAAAGAAGGAAACGACUUCAAACAAGAAAGACAGCAGGGGAAAAUCUACCUAUCAAGCAGGCGAUGGAAAACGCACGGGGAGUUCUGGGGGAGCUAUGGGGUCUGGAGCCGCUAAACCGUCGCAAAGGCUAAAUCCCAAGACAGUUGAUCCAUUCACAAACCAGAAAAAGGCAAAAUCAGCAUUUGAGACUGUGUAUGUCAGUGGAGGGGUACCUUGCAGGCUAGUGCAUGGUUCAGUGAAGCAUAAACUUCAAUGGGAAAGUAACCCAGAAGAUAUUCCUUUUGAUCCAGUACUGCUUACACUAGCAGAGGGUUUGAAGGAAUUCAAACAUCCAUACCAGUUUGUGGCUCAGCAAGGUUUCAAAGAGUUGCUCCAAGUAUCAGAUGCAGAUAUAAAAGCUGUACCUCUUCUCUCCAGGCUUAUUCCACCGCUUCGUGCAGCCUUGGGUUCAAGCAAUGAUUCUGUAUAUCUUGGGGCAGUUGUUGCAUUAGUUGACCUCAGUAGAGCAGUUGGUCCUCAUCUCAACUCACAUCUCAAGUCAGUACUUGCCUAUCUAUCAAAGCACCAGAAUGAUAAGAAGUUCAAGGAAAAGAUCUACUUAGCUCUACAAGAAAUAGAACAAAACUGUGGAAGGGAGAGUGUACCUAUAAUCAAGUCCAAGAUUCCAACCUAUACAUCGAUUACCUGAACUGACCAAUUCAAGAGAUGUUUGUAUCAGAGAAGGUUCCGUCCCUGCAAGCUUACAGUCUGAGGCAAUAAGUUUGCUUUUUUGCUUGUUUGCCAAUAUUUAUUUUAGAGCAUGUACAUAUAUUAUCACUAUACCGAGUUUGAAAUCUUUAUGCUUUGAAAUACAUGUAUAAUGAAUCUGAAAAUAAUGCAAUCAUGUCCUAGAGCACUUUGUGGGGGAGCCUUUAAGCUGAAUUGAAUUUCAACACCAGUUUGAAACUGAGUCACGCCUUUUGAACAUGACAAUUAAAAGUUAGGCUCAGGUUUAGUGUAUCAUUUAUCAAAAUAAAACAUAAUUACAUAUACGAAACAAUGUCAUAUUCAGGCCACCCAAACAUUUUGUGAACUAUACUAGUUACAUUUAUCCCACUAGGCCAGUGAAUUGGUAAAAACCUAUCAAGAAAUUGAUGUUGAUGCACUUAUACAGUACAGUAAUUGGUUGCUUAUGACAAAGUUUUGUAUUUGUAUGACUAUAAAUUGUAUAAUCAAAAUAGUUAAUAAAUUGUAUUCUUGUUCAACACUGAUAACCAAAAGUGUCACAAAAGAAAGUUCCUUCACCUACAUGUAUCGGGAUCCCCAGCCCCUAUUUCUUGUGACCGUUGGUUUCACAGUUUGGUGAUCUAUGUAUGUUUGUUUCAAAUAUAAAGUGUAAGGAAGUAUUCAGAAAUAAAGUCAGCCUCAGUUAUCCAACAACUAGAACAGAGUACAAGCCAAGAAAGCUGAUUUAGAAUCACAAAGCCAUAGACAUACUGUACUAUAGGUAUUCCCCAAAUGUUUGUUUGGUGUCAUGAAUAUGUAAAUUCUUCAUAUUUAGAUAUUUCACUUGUCAAAUUAUUAACAAUGCAGUUCUUAGAGAUGUAUCCAAGAUUGUAAUUAUGCCAUCCUUGUAUGCCUUCUGAUAUUCAUGUUAGGUUUGUCAUAAACGCAUGUAUUUAACUGAAAGUACCAAAUAAUAGAUUUCAUUGUGUCAUUUUUUGUAGAGUCGAUCAACUCAAUACAAUUAACUAUCAUUCUUAAAUAAUGUACUAAUAAUACAAGUACCAACUGAUUACAGAGCCAGAAACUUUAGUGUGUCGUGUAAGUGAAAAUGUGCAUAUUCAAAGAACUUUGAAUACAGUAAUAGAUCAAUAGAUAGAUUAUAUUCAUCAAUCCUGUGAUAGCCCUAGCUUAAUCAUCCUGGGGAGUUUCACAAAUAUUUUAGUGUGACUUGUGUCGCUCUUAAAUUCCUGGUAGCAUGCGGUAAUAUUUUGUGCGCGUCUGUACUUAAGGCGUGUCACAUAACUCUUUGUAGAAAGAUACCACCCAGGAAUUUUUAUUUAGUUUAAUAAUAGGGGUUAUUAAGAAUCAUAUGAGCAGAACAAGUCUUUUCUUCUACCUUUUUUUCUCACUCCUUAACAAAUGAUAUUGGGGCAGUCACCCCAACCCCCUAUAAAUGAUCACAUAAUUGUGUAAGGCUGUGAUCAAUGCAAUUAGUCGAAAUCUAGCUUAUUAAAAUUUUAUGAAUGUGCAGUAUGUAUGUUUCAUAAAGCUUUUAAGUUAGGCUGUCAACUGGUGGCAUGUUCUGCUAUAAAUAAGAUUUUUCCUGGUAUUUCAUUUAACCCUUAUCAAAUUUUGCAAUAAAUAAACUUUGCAUUCAGAUACCGAGAAGUUAAUGUACAAAGAAGAGAAAUCACCUUCAGCUGGUGAGAAUUAAAUCCAAAUUUGGACCCAUCAUCAUGUUCUAAAUGUACAUAAAGUCAUGCCUAACAGGCUAACUAACUUACAACCAGCCCAAGACUGUUUUAGUUGAGUACAUAUCUUUACACUUUAUAUUUUAGACUGAUUGUUAUUUGUUCAUAACCAAGGCAGGAAAUUUUUUUUUUAUUAAGGGCUAUUUUUUUUCACAUUGGAGUAAUUUCAGAAUGGGGGGGGGCUAUUUCUUUCAUUUGAAGGGCUACUUUUAGGGGUAAAAAAAAUGAUUAUACAAUGAAAGCAAAUAUUCUUCUGCCACAGUUAAAAUGUUGACUUUUUAAAAUUGAUCUUGAAUAUAUUUUAGAACAGAUCUGGACUAUAGAAAGAAUGGUUGCCCCAAAGCAUGUAUUUUGGGAAUUAGAAGUGAUUUGGGCUGUUAUGAGGCUAAAUCGCCUGUCACCCUCAUAUAUUUCCUAUGCUGUUGAUAACCACAUUAAAAGGCUAGUUACAUAUAUGUUGUGGAUAAGAAUAAUCUUGUUUAUGCCUGGUUCCCACUACUGGACUUCAACUUAAAACUUGGUCACUUUUAUGCGAUGACAGGAUAGAUAUCAAUAAUUCAGGUCAAGACUACCCUAAUCAGCCUCCUACACCCUUAUUUCAAACAUUCCAAAUAUUCAUACAGGGAGACGUAAUGAUGGGAAUUAAUCGAAGUGGACUAAUCCAAAUUUAUACAGACAAAAAGACAACCUAAGCCAAAGAAUUAACUUGAUCGUGGCUGAUUGAGGUGAUAGAUCAGGAGUGGAACCUAGCAUAAAUCAUUGUUAACUCUUUGCUUGAAAUCAUUGGAUAAUUCCAAUAGCUGUAAGAAGAGAAUAUUUUGGAAUUCUUUAUUAUUCUGUAACUUAUGAAUUAUUUCGUGAUUGUAUUACAAAUUGUUAGAAUAUGGCAUACAUAUGUAAAGUAAGAGUCUAAUAUUCUAAUCUUUCAAUUGUCGAUUGCAAUAAAGUUUAUUACAAAGUA